AAUGCACUCGAGCAAGCCAAUCAUCGUCUGUGCCGUGUCAUCAAUGAUUCCACCGCCGCCAUAUCCGCCACCACGGCAGUGAGGCACUGAUAUGGGCUGCAGUAUGCGGCAAAUCCCAUACGUGUCGCCGACUCUUACAGGAAGGCACCGAUGCCGAGGUGAAGGAGGAAGACGGUCUCGAUCAAACACCUCUGAAAAUCGUGGCGGUCAACAGCGCUAACAAUACCUUGGAACUCCUACUCGCCCACGGCAAGGUAGAUAUUAAUGAAUGAGAGGAACUCGACCGAACUCCUCUAAUAUUGGCAGCGCUCUUUGGCCAUAAAUCGGUAGUCAGUAACGCUUCCCACUACGAACGGGGUGGAUAUCAACGCACAAGACCGUAACUCACGAAAUGCGCUCAUAACGGCUGCGAGCAAAGACCACACUACUAUCGUGGAUGAGCCAGGUAUGGAUGUUAACUGCGAGUACACCUAUGAACGGACAGCAUUAUGGUAUGCUGCCGCGGGAUGGUUGUCACAGAGUAGUUCAACUGCUACUUGCUGUGAAGGGUAUUCAAUCUAACUGUAGGAAUAUGGGCGGAAUAACACCUUUGUCAAUCGCGACACUUGCAGGGGUCAAAGAUACCGUGGAAGACUUUCCACCCCUUUGCCACUUGGCGAUAGUUGAUCCCAAUUCAGAGGAUGAAUUUGGACAAACGCCGCUGAUGAUGGCGGCGAUGGAUGGGCAUACGGAGAUCGUGAAGUGCUUGCUUGCCAUUGAAGGCGUAAAUCCAAAUGCAAAGAAUUUUUAGGGAAGGACGCCUCUUCUCAUAGCUACAAAUGCAAUCGACCAGAGGUUAUAAAGCACCCCCUCUCAGUUGAGGGAUCGAGUUAGAUGCAACGGAUGAUUCAAGAUGUGAUGCUCUGCUGUUAGCAGUAUAUUUUGGAUAUAACGUGGGCCAUUGACGUUGGCAAGAUCUAGAGAAUUUUAUGAUAUCGCCAGGCUUCUCUAGCAACGGAGAAAUAGUAAAUCAACAACAGCCUCAUAAUGAAUAAAUACGAUACUCGAUUUGAUCGAUGCUUCAGCUUUCGAAAAACAGUACUAUUAGAAUGGUAG